AUGGCCAUAGACUGCAUGACAAAUAUACACUCCAUGUCUCAGCCACAAAAGCACCACCACCAUGACCACAAGGAAGAUGAAGCACCAUUGGUUUUUGAUGCCUCACUUCUAAGGCACCAACUCAACCUACCAAAGCAGUUUAUUUGGCCUGAUGAGGAGAAACCAUGCAUGAAUGUGCCUGAGCUUGUUGUCCCUCUCAUUGACUUGGGGGGGUUCCUCUCUGGUGACCCUGUUGCCACAAUGGAAGCUGCAAGGAUGGUUGGUGAGGCUUGCCAAAAACAUGGUUUCUUUCUUGUGGUGAACCAUGGGAUUGAUGCCAGCUUAAUCUCUCAUGCUCAUAGUUACAUGGAUGACUUCUUUGAGGUUCCCCUGUCUGAGAAACAGAGGGCUCAGAGGAAAACAGGUGAACACUGUGGCUAUGCUAGUAGCUUCACUGGCAGGUUCUCUUCCAAGCUUCCAUGGAAAGAGACACUCUCUUUUCAAUUCUCAGCUGAGGAAAAAUCAUCCACUAUUGUCAAAGACUACUUGUGCAACACAUUGGGUCAGGAGUUUGAGCAAUUUGGGAGCGUUUACCAGGACUAUUGUGAUGCCAUGAGUAAUCUUUCUUUGGGGAUAAUGGAACUUUUGGGAAUGAGUCUUGGAGUUGGUAAAACAUGUUUUAGAGAGUUCUUUGAAGAGAACGACUCAAUAAUGAGGCUGAAUUACUACCCUCCUUGUCAAAAACCUGACCUGACUUUGGGCACAGGACCUCACUGUGACCCAACAUCUUUGACCAUUCUUCACCAGGAUCAAGUGGGAGGCCUCCAAGUCUUCGUUGACAAUGAGUGGCACUCCAUUAGCCCAAAUUUCAACGCUUUUGUUGUCAACAUAGGUGACACCUUCAUGGCUCUUUCCAAUGGAAGGUACAAGAGUUGCUUGCAUAGAGCAGUGGUGAACAGCAAGACAACAAGAAAAUCUCUUGCUUUCUUUUUGUGUCCAAAAAGUGAUAAGGUGGUCAGUCCACCAAGUGAAUUGGUGGAUGACUUGACCCCAAGGGUGUACCCAGAUUUUACAUGGCCUAUGCUGCUAGAGUUCACUCAGAAACACUACAGAGCUGAUAUGAAAACCCUUGAGGCAUUCACCACCUGGCUUCAACAGAAAAGGAGCUGA